AUUCUUGUGUCUUAACUCUUACACAUUUUUCUAAAAUUUAGAACAUGUCAACACAAUAUAAUCAAAGUUGAGAGUCCAACACACAUUUUACUCAACCAACCUCCUUAGAUCUUUUCUUCUCCUAUUAUAGACCUACAAAAAACACUCACAUAUAUAUAUAGGUAGGCCGAGGCGUAUAUGUAUAUGGAAGUAUGUGAGUGUAAGUAGUAAUCCAAUUCAAUAAUCUCCAAAGAAAACAAAGAAAGUUGAAACUCCCUUUCCAUAUUGGAAGAAGGGAAUCGCCAAAACGCGUGAUUGCGUAAUCCAAAGAAGCAAGAGAUUCAACAAUCCCUUUCACUUUUCACUAUAAGACUAGGAUUUAUGAGCUUUCUUCAUUCCUCUCUUCUCCACUGACCACUCCAUCCAUCACUGCCUACUCACUCUCUCUCUGAAAUCUAAAUCUUUCCUUGUUGGGAUCACCAAUAUAUUCUCUUGGAGCGGAUCUGGAAUUCACUGCUCCGUUUCUUGUUGGUAAGUGGAAAAGAGGAUCUCAACUCAAAAUUUUCAGUAGUAAAUUUGGCAAGGAUGGCGGAUUAAUUAAGAGGCAGGUGAUUGGUUAUUGGGCGCAGAUGGGGAAAACCGGGAGGGAUUGGACGCAGAUCUACGCGAUCUACGGCGUGGACGACUGGCAGACGCCGCUGUUCCUGGUGGUGAACGCGGUGGGCUUCGCCGCCCUCUCCGUCGUCUUCCUCCUCUACUUCGAGCCCAUCUGUCUGCUCCUGCAGCAGCACCACUUCCUCCCGGGCCCCGCCGCGGCCCGCUUCGCCGCCGGCUUCACGGGCUCCGUCACGGCCCUCUCCGCCGUCUGCCUCCUCUUCGCCGCCGGAAACUUCUUCUACUCCGCCGUGGCCCUCCACUGGGAGAUGUCGCAGCGCAUCGUCUCCUCCGUCCCGGACUGGUCCUCCGUGAAGUACGCCCUGGACCUCGGCUGCGGCCGCGGCAUCCUCCUCAACGCCGUCGCGCUCCAGCUGAAGAAGUCGGGCUCCUCCGGCCGCGUCGUCGGGCUCAGCCGCAGCCCCAACCACACGCUCCGCACCGCCGGCCUCGAGGGCGUCCAGGAAUACGUCACUUGCAGGCCGGGAGAUCCUCGGACGCUGCCGUUCAGCGACAGCUACUUCGACGUGGUGGUGUCGGCGGCGUUCGUGCACACGGUGGGGAAAGAGUUCGGGCAGAAGACGGCGGCGGCGGCGGCGGAGCGGAUGAGGGUGCUGGGGGAGGUGGUGAGGGUGCUGAAGGCCGGGGGAGUAGGGGUGGUGUGGGACCUUGUGCAUGCGGAGGAGUACGUGCAGAGGCUGAGUGAGCUGAAGAUGGAGGAGAUAAGGGUGUCGGAGCGUGUCACCGCCUUCAUGGCCGCCAGCCACAUCGUCUCCUUCCGGAAGCCACCUCAGCAUUUUGUCGGCUCCUCUGAAGUUAGGCUUGAUUGGAGAUCUAAUUAAACCAAAACAAAAGCCUAUUAUACUUUUACAAUUAUAUAUAGCUAACACAAAAAUAGUCUUGUUUCUUGUUUAUCUUAAAUUUUCUGGUGAAACGAAGUGGAACCAGAUGCAUUGUGAGAGAGAGAGAGACAAAGGAGUUACAGUAUGUAGGCUUGUUGCGAAUUGUAAAUUUCAUCAAAUGUUUACUACUCCCUUCAUAAAAUAAAAUGUUACUUUUACUCA